AUGGCGGUGACGUCUCUCUGUAACGACGCUAACAAAAUGGCGGUGACGUCUCUCUGUAACGACGCUAACAAAAUGGCGGUGACGUCUCUCUGUAACGACGCUAACAAAAUGGCGGUGACGUCUCUCUGUAACGACGCUAACAAAAUGGCGGUGACGUCUCUCUGUAACGAAGCUAACAAAAUGGCGGUGACGUCUCUCUGUAACGAAGCUAACAAAAUGGCGGUGACGUCUCUCUGUAACGACGCUAACAAAAUGGCGGUGACGUCUCUCUGUAACGACGCUAACAAAAUGGCGGUGACGUCUCUCUGUAACGAAGCUAACAAAAUGGCGGUGACGUCUCUCUGUAACGACGCUAACAAAAUGGCGGUGACGUCUCUCUGUAACGACGCUAACAAAAUGGCGGUGACGUCUCUCUGUAACGAAGCUAACAAAAUGGCGGUGACGUCUCUCUGUAACGACGCUAACAAAAUGGCGGUGACGUCUCUCUGUAACGAAGCUAACAAAAUGGCGGUGACGUCUCUCUGUAACGAAGCUAACAAAAUGGCGGUGACGUCUCUCUGUAACGACGCUAACAAAAUGGCGGUGACGUCUCUCUGUAACGACGCUAACAAAAUGGCGGUGACGUCUCUCUGUAACGAAGCUAACAAAAUGGCGGUGACGUCUCUCUGUAACGACGCUAACAAAAUGGCGGUGACGUCUCUCUGUAACGACGCUAACAAAAUGGCGGUGACGUCUCUCUGUAACGAAGCUAACAAAAUGGCGGUGACGUCUCUCUGUAACGACGCUAACAAAAUGGCGGUGACGUCUCUCUGUAACGACGCUAACAAAAUGGCGGUGACGUCUCUCUGUAACGACGCUAACAAAAUGGCGGUGACGUCUCUCUGUAACGAAGCUAACAAAAUGGCGGUGACGUCUCUCUGUAACGACGCUAACAAAAUGGCGGUGACGUCUCUCUGUAACGAAGCUAACAAAAUGGCGGUGACGUCUCUCUGUAACGAAGCUAACAAAAUGGCGGUGACGUCUCUCUGUAACGAAGCUAACAAAAUGGCGGUGACGUCUCUCUGUAACGAAGCUAACAAAAUGGCGGUGACGUCUCUCUGUAACGACGCUAACAAAAUGGCGGUGACGUCUCUCUGUAACGACGCUAACAAAAUGGCGGUGACGUCUCUCUGUAACGACGCUAACAAAAUGGCGGUGACGUCUCUCUGUAACGAAGCUAACAAAAUGGCGGUGACGUCUCUCUGUAACGACGCUAACAAAAUGGCGGUGACGUCUCUCUGUAACGAAGCUAACAAAAUGGCGGUGACGUCUCUCUGUAACGACGCUAACAAAAUGGCGGUGACGUCUCUCUGUAACGAAGCUAACAAAAUGGCGGUGACGUCUCUCUGUAACGAAGCUAACAAAAUGGCGGUGACGUCUCUCUGUAACGACGCUAACAAAAUGGCGGUGACGUCUCUCUGUAACGAAGCUAACAAAAUGGCGGUGACGUCCCUCUGUAACGAAGCUAACAAAAUGGCGGUGACGUCUCUCUGUAACGAAGCUAACAAAAUGGCGGUGACGUCUCUCUGUAACGAAGCUAACAAAAUGGCGGUGACGUCUCUCUGUAACGAAGCUAACAAAAUGGCGGUGACGUCUCUCUGUAACGAAGCUAACAAAAUGGCGGUGACGUCUCUCUGUAACGAAGCUAACAAAAUGGCGGUGACGUCUCUCUGUAACGAAGCUAACAAAAUGGCGGUGACGUCUCUCUGUAACGAAGCUAACAAAAUGGCGGUGACGUCUCUCUGUAACGACGCUAACAAAAUGGCGGUGACGUCUCUCUGUAACGACGCUAACAAAAUGGCGGUGACGUCUCUCUGUAACGACGCUAACAAAAUGGCGGUGACGUCUCUCUGUAACGACGCUAACAAAAUGGCGGUGACGUCUCUCUGUAACGACGCUAACAAAAUGGCGGUGACGUCUCUCUGUAACGACGCUAACAAAAUGGCGGUGACGUCUCUCUGUAACGAAGCUAACAAAAUGGCGGUGACGUCUCUCUGUAACGACGCUAACAAAAUGGCGGUGACGUCCCUCUGUAACGAAGCUAACAAAAUGGCGGUGACGUCUCUCUGUAACGAAGCUAACAAAAUGGCGGUGACGUCUCUCUGUAACGACGCUAACAAAAUGGCGGUGACGUCUCUCUGUAACGAAGCUAACAAAAUGGCGGUGACGUCUCUCUGUAACGACGCUAACAAAAUGGCGGUGACGUCUCUCUGUAACGACGCUAACAAAAUGGCGGUGACGUCUCUCUGUAACGACGCUAACAAAAUGGCGGUGACGUCUCUCUGUAACGAAGCUAACAAAAUGGCGGUGACGUCUCUCUGUAACGACGCUAACAAAAUGGCGGUGACGUCUCUCUGUAACGACGCUAACAAAAUGGCGGUGACGUCUCUCUGUAACGACGCUAACAAAAUGGCGGUGACGUCUCUCUGUAACGACGCUAACAAAAUGGCGGUGACGUCUCUCUGUAACGAAGCUAACAAAAUGGCGGUGACGUCUCUCUGUAACGAAGCUAACAAAAUGGCGGUGACGUCUCUCUGUAACGAAGCUAACAAAAUGGCGGUGACGUCUCUCUGUAACGACGCUAACAAAAUGGCGGUGACGUCUCACUGUAACGACGCUAACAAAAUGGCGGUGACGUCUCUCUGUAACGAAGCUAACAAAAUGGCGGUGACGUCUCUCUGUAACGAAGCUAACAAAAUGGCGGUGACGUCUCUCUGUAACGACGCUAACAAAAUGGCGGUGACGUCUCUCUGUAACGACGCUAACAAAAUGGCGGUGACGUCUCUCUGUAACGACGCUAACAAAAUGGCGGUGACGUCUCUCUGUAACGACGCUAACAAAAUGGCGGUGACGUCUCUCUGUAACGACGCUAACAAAAUGGCGGUGACGUCUCUCUGUAACGAAGCUAACAAAAUGGCGGUGACGUCUCUCUGUAACGACGCUAACAAAAUGGCGGUGACGUCUCUCUGUAACGACGCUAACAAAAUGGCGGUGACGUCUCUCUGUAACGAAGCUAACAAAAUGGCGGUGACGUCUCUCUGUAACGACGCUAACAAAAUGGCGGUGACGUCUCUCUGUAACGAAGCUAACAAAAUGGCGGUGACGUCUCUCUGUAACGACGCUAACAAAAUGGCGGUGACGUCUCUCUGUAACGACGCUAACAAAAUGGAGAUGACGUCUCUCUGUAACGAAGCAACAAAAUGGGUGACGUCCCUCUUAACGACGCUAACAAAAUGUAACGAACGACGCUAA